UUCCAUGACGUUCACUUGACAUCUCAUCCGCCGCGGCGACACGUUGCUUCGGGGCUGCAUAAUAUUCAAAUUAUUAAUUUAUUGUUAUUAGUUAAGUGGUGCAACGAAAUGCAGGAAUUAACUGACCAACUAUUGAAGUAUCUUGAGAGCCAUGAUCAAGUGGAUACGUUGGAUCUGGUGCCAGUGUUCCAAGAGGACCAUCAGAAAAUUGUUGGUGCCUUGAAGAGUAUUGAGGCAACUGGAAAUGUGAUUAGCUCCUUGCCAACGUCACGAAAAACGUGGGUACUCACGGAUGAGGGAAGAUCCGUGGUGGAGCAUGGAAGUCAUGAGGCUGUUGUGUACAAUUCUGUGCCGAGUGAUGGGAUAUCCCAGGCGGAUUUGAUGAAGAGUUCGCCGAAUGCAAAGAUUGGCUUCAGUAAGGCAAUGUCUCAUGGAUGGAUUGUUGUGGACAAGAGUGGAGGGGCUGCUCUGGUGAAGCGCAAAGUGGAAGAGAUUGAGGAUGUUGUUCAGAGGCAUUUGAUGGAGAUCCGGGAUGGUGGAGGGCAGGAGAUUCCGGAGAAUGUCAAGAUGGACUACAAGAAGAGAAAACUCUUGCAGGAGAAUGUGACAAAGAGUUUCAUCUUGUCCAAAGGGGAGGAAUUUACGACGUCUCUGACCAAAUUGGAGACAGAUUUGACUGUGGAAAUGCUGGCCAGUGGAUUGUGGAAGAAUCUGAAAUUCAAGGCGUACAAUUUUGAUGCACUGGGAGCUCCAGUUGAACGAGGGCAUUUGCAUCCUCUGCUCAAGGUUCGCAGUGAAUUCAGGCAGAUUUUCCUGGAAAUGGGAUUCUCAGAGAUGCCCACAAAUAACUAUGUUGAGUCAUCUUUCUGGAAUUUCGAUGCACUUUUCCAGCCGCAGCAGCAUCCGGCCAGGGAUGCUCAUGACACCUUCUUCCUGACUCAUCCGGCAAAGAGCUCAAAAUUCCCAAUGGUAUAUCUGGAGAGGGUGAAGAAGGUUCAUUCUCAGGGAGAUUAUGGAUCUCAAGGAUAUGGAUAUGACUGGAAACUGGAGGAGGCUCAGAAGAACAUCCUGAGGACCCAUACAACAGCCGUAAGUGCCAGAAUGCUGUACAAAUUGGCCAAUCAGCCGGGAGGCUUCAGGCCGGCAAAGUACUUCAGCAUUGAUCGAGUGUUCAGGAAUGAGACUCUGGAUGCCACUCACCUGGCGGAAUUCCACCAGGUUGAAGGAGUCAUUGCCGAUGUUGGAUUGACCCUUGGCGAUCUCAUUGGCACCCUGUAUGCUUUCUUCAGCAAACUCGGAAUCACUCAGUUGGAUUUCAAGCCAGCGUACAAUCCUUACACGGAACCCUCCAUGGAGAUCUUCUGCUUCCAUCCGGGACUCAAUAAAUGGAUAGAAAUUGGGAAUUCGGGCAUUUUCCGGCCGGAAAUGUUGCUGCCAAUGAAUAUUCCGCCGGAAGUGAAUGUGAUCGCUUGGGGAUUGUCACUGGAGAGGCCAACGAUGGUCAAGUACGGAAUUAACAAUAUUCGGGAUCUCGUUGGACCCAAAGUCGAUCUCAAAAUGGUUCAGGAGAAUUCACUGUGUCGCCUGGACAAGUAGAGAUUUCUAUUUGAGAAGAUUGAGGCUCAAAUAAAUACAUUUAUUGCUUUAA